AUGAUUCCUGCAGUUGAUAUCGGGAAUGGGUUGACGAGUCAUUUCAGUUCAUGUGGACGAAUCUGUAAUCUUGACAUUCCCAGAGACCCUAUAACAAAUGUUGUCAACAGCAAAUGUUCCUUUUUCCAACUCUGCGGAGGAGAAGGCGCCGAAGAGAAGGCCUUGGCACUUGAUGGAACUGACAUGGGAGGGUGGAAUGUAACAGUUAAGGUGUUACCUCACGAUGAUCUUGAGUUUACUACCGAUCAGCUGGCUGCUAUGAGCAUUUCACACUUUAAGAAAACCAGGAGCGAAGGCGUUUCCGUUAGAGGAUAUGACAAUUCCCUUCCUUCGAAUGAUAUCAAGAGCGCUUUGACUAAGCAUUUCGCUUCAUGUGGAGAGAUAACUGAUGUUUUUGUUCUCAAAAGACGGGCUAUUAUUUACUUUUUCGGAUGGCAUGCAAUAAGUAAGGCGGUUGAACUCAGUGGAAGUAACGUGGGAGGAUGUGGACUAGUUGUUAAGGCUUUGCCAGUACCUAAAACUGUCCCAAGUAAAACUACUUCUCAUGGGUUGGGUGGUGGUUUAUUUUUUAGCUGA